CAAACUUGUCAGCUUGGGGAUUCACACAAAGACUUGUAGAUGUGUUCUGUGAAGAUAUUGUUCCACAUUCUGCCUAUAGAAAAAUCAAACUAUUCUUAUUAUUAAGUCUAGUUGCCCUUUCUGAAAAACAAUCAAAGAAUCACUGUAUCUCACCAAGCAUUCAUAUUAUGAUCAUCAGUGAUGGAUACAAUUCGAUAAUUCCUAAAAUGAUAAGACAUGUGUCAAAGUUGAAAAGGAACGAGGAAUGGUCAUAUGGCAAUGGUCAAAAGAAACAACCACUUUUUAUAAUUCAGAAUGGGAACAGCACUGCAAAAGAAAACUUUAUUGAAUCUACUAUUCUUGCAAAGUCGCAGAGCGGCAUCCUCAUGGUAAAUUUGGAUUCCUUGAGUAAAAGAGAUGUAGAAUCACUACGACUUGUCAUGAGCAAAAGUCCAAGUUUAUCAACACAAAAUCGCUACCACAAAUUAUGCAUUGAUGUAAAUACUUGUUGUUGGGGAUGGUCUGUCGCGAGACCUACUGGCAAAGGUAUUAAUCUCAGGUCGACAGAAAGUGAAGGAAUUGAACCUAUCUGUAAUGACCCGGUUAAGCCAAUCAUAGAUACAUUUGAUCUAGUUGUAUACCUUAAAGAAUGUGUUGAUUCUGAAGCUAAUGGUUUAUUAGUGGACCAUUUACUUGACAAAGAAAUGUUAAACCUUGAAAACAAAAAGAAUCAAUUCGGAUUAUCCUUUGAUGAUCUUCAUCAGUUCAUUUCUAUUGCGAGCAAUAUUGAUGUUAAGUUAUCAACGGAGUGUAAAGACCUCCUUCGUAAAUACUUUUUGAUGUGCCGCAGACUUAAAGGUGCUAGCCAAGGUUUUGCUUCUUCAACUGCAUUGCUUGAG